ACAAGUUCCGUCAUCGUCAUCGACACUGACAUCGACGUCGACAUUGACAUCGGCAAACGCUACCCUUCCACGUGCCUUCCGCUCUUCCUACGAGUACCCGCGAACCAUCUGCCCAUUGAACUACGAGAGCUCUCACGCGACAUCACUAGUGCCUCCUACAAAUACCCCUACAGACCUCCUUCAGUCCUGUCCACCUUAUUCUUCCAAUAUUGCAUUACCUCCACUCUUUGAAUUAUAUACGAUCUCCUGCCUUGGUCUUUAUAGUUCUCAACCAUAUAUUUUCCCUUCACAACAUGGCAGCACUGAAUGCCAUUACCUCACAUAAUGGCCAAUCGGAUGCUGCACUCAAGGAUCGUUUCUUUCGAUACUUCCAACAUGAGGUAACAGCAUUGCAAGAGCAGAUGGACCGUCUCAACACCACGGCUUGGACGGGAGGGGAGCGUAAUGAUGCCGUGGACCACUGCCUGGCUGGCAUCGAACGACUAAAUCACGAGGUCAAGGAUGCGAGUAGCUACAUCCCAGCUUACGACCAACGUACCUAUGGCGAAGCCGUCAAAGCGCUGAGCGCUAAACUGCAAACCAUUCGCACUCAGUUUGCGCCGCCGAAAAAGUUUCAAUUCAAGACCGGCCGCAAGAACAAUUCUGCAAUAUCCCUUUCCGAUGCUGCUGAGCUGGCCAGGCAGAACAAGCUCGGAGUCCCCGGCUACUCCUCUGAUACCUCCAACGCAAACUCGAGUUUCGCGCCAACACCCUUGGACAAGCUGUCACCAACCGAGGAAAAACCGCUGGAAUUCCCAUCACACGAUGGAGGGAACAGCAAAGGCGAUGAUUUUAGUGAACCCCGGAUCGAUGGUACCGCAGCAGGAGUGAGGACAAUGAGCUUUUCCGAUGCCAAUAGCGUGACGAUAUCCAACCAUAACAAAACACAUAUCCUGCUGCCUACAUCUGCCUCACAUGCCACUUCCUCGGGAACCGUGUCAAAUCUGCGUAACAGCGUCGUUGACUUGUCACCUCCUACAACAAACGGUGGGCCCUUUGCUAGCCUGACCCUAAAGAACAUCAAGCGUUCCUUGAUCGUUUGCGGACAGGUGACAGGUCCAGCGCACAUUACGGGGGUGGAGAAUAGCGUUCUGGUGGUAGCAUGUCGACAGUUCCGCGUGCACAACAGCAAAAAUGUAGACGUAUAUCUGUUCUGUGCCAGUCGACCCAUCAUUGAGGAUUGCGAGAACAUUCGGUUUGCGCCGCUUCCGGAAGCAUAUAACCCACCAGACUUUGCGACCAUCCCCAAUCUCUGGAACCAGAUAGACGACUUCAAGUGGCUCAAAUCCGAACCGAGCCCGAACUACAGCGUACUUGUCCCUGACGAGCGUGUCCAAGAAAAGGUCUGGAAAGAGACAGUACCAGGAGGACAUAAUGUCGGCCUGGACGACAUUCUACGAGCCGUAUCGAUAUUGCACUAAGAGCUUGGUUUCGGUGUUCCCUUUCAAGUGCGGCAUGUAAGCCGUUGUGAUUGAUUUUCAACGAAAAACUGCUGUGGUGUUUUCUUCACUCACCGUUGAGGAUUGAUAUCAUGUACGAUAGGAAGGUUAAAGAGUGGUAUGUAGGGAAGUAUGCGUGGCAUACUACACAUAAGCUGAGCAAUUCUUAUCAUCAUUUUCUUUUCGGUAA